UCCCAUGCUAGACUGAGACCAAGAUAUCCAGAAGGGCGCCGAUGGCCUUGCUCUCUCCAUCCCAUCGCCUCUCGGUGUCCAUCUCCAGCUCAACCGCUAAUGGAGUCUUGACAGCGAACCCUAACCUUACUUCUGAUCGCAUCGUAUUUGUUUCUAAGGGAUCAUCUUCAAGCCAGCAGCCCUAUUUGCGCAGGACGCUCAGACGGCGGCUUGCUGCUUCCAACCUCCGUGAACAGGCGUCCAUUGGAGUUGACUUGAGCUUGUCAUCCUUGAACGAGUGCUUCUUAGAUGAAGAACUUCACGCCGCCGUUCGACUCCGCAUUCGCACUUUUUACGAUUUCAACCAGUCCUGUGGAGCUGAGGAUUAUAAAAAGUAUCUAACAGAGCGAGAGUAUGAAGCUUUGAAAGAGCGGGUUGCUGGAAAGAAGAUAGGAUUUAAAAGGGUUAGCUGUAUAAAUGCUACGUUACCAUCAUCAACUUCAUUGAGAUCGUUUGCUGAAUUAUGCUCUUCAUGCAAGAAAAUUCAGUUCUCUGUUGAUGGAAAAGACUGCGUUGUUGUUGGGACUUUGGAUGUUAAUCAGUGUCUCAGGCUGGCGGAUGAGCUGAUUGGCAAGAAGCCUGAGGGCAUUGGACCUGACCUGAAAAGGGGAUACCUUAGCAAUAUAUGUGUUGCGAAGGAGCUGCAACGAAAUGGUUUAGGCCAUGCUUUAAUUGCUAAGUCAAAAAAUGUUGCUCGUCAUUGGGGUAUAACUGACCUAUACGUUCAUGUUGCUGUGGAUAAUGAAGCCGCCCAAAAGCUGUAUGAAAGGAGCGGCUUUAUUUAUGAAAAUGAAGAACCUGCCUGGCAAGCCAGAUUCCUAGGCCGGCCUCGGCGUUUUCUUCUUUGGGCUGAUCUUAGACUGGCAAACUAGUUUGGUUUCUUAGAGGCUUUCUGAGGUAACUUUUAAGUGCUGGUUUUCGUAAGCUUGAUUCAAUAUCUAUUGUACAUCUUGUAUUUAACUUUUAUAAAUACGCAAUCUAUUUUCACAAAAUAUUGUAUUUAAAUGUAUUUAUUCUUAUGUACUUUAUCAUAACAUUUCAUUGUUUUGUUGUUGUAUUCUCUUUAACUUUUUUCAUGGGGUGGCUUAUGUACAGUA